CUCAAUGGCUUAAGAAAAUGGUGGAAGCAUUAUGUUCAAUUACAUGUGCCUCACGCAGAUUGUAGAGAUCACCUUGCCAAUGAACGAACGUUUCUUGCCUACCAACGCACCUCGCUCGCCCUUUCGAUGCUGGGUAUUGUCACCGCCCAACUCUUCAGUCUACAACGCUCACCAGAUCCCGAAAACGAUCCUGUAUUUGGCUACCACACUCUUGGAAAGCCUCUAGCAGGUCUCUUUCAGAGCGCUGCCAUUGUUGUGAUUCUUAUUGGCGGCCAUCGAUUUUGGCGUCAACAGAUGAAUAUCGCUAGAGGCAAGGUCUGGGCUGGUGGUUGGGAGAUAUGGACUAUUAUGGGAUUUAUGUUGCUUGUCAGU